GGAAGCGCAACCUACUCUCUGGAUUCACUUUAUAAGUACACAAUGGAUUUCGUGCAAGAUUCAUUUGACAAUGGGCUACUGGAAUGGACGGUAGGAGCUACGACUUUCCAGCCUACAUUCAGAUAUGUUGAUACCGGGUAUAGAGAGGCUGGGAAUGGACAAGCUACAUUUGAUGCCACGAAUGCGACUUUAAAUACAGAGCUACGCGAAGACCUAGAAUAUGAUAAUUUAGUGAAACGUGUGGACGAUGUUGACACGGAGUGUGACGUAUGGGUUGCACAGCCAACGUCCAAACAAGCUGUCAAAGCUAGAGAUGCAAUGUUCAACGAUACGCUCCGAGCCAAAUCAGCAGAGAGGCUGAAUAGAACUCUCAACUCGGCUGUCGUUGAUAAAAUACUUAUGACUAUGAUCACUUCCGACCCAAGCGUAUACGACGAGCUGGCAUUUCCUAAUCUUUUCGGACCCUACCUCAGUUCGCAAGAUCAAGUUGGUGAUUAUCUAGACGAAAUGUAUGAAAGAGGAGCAAGGACGGUGGGCUUCAUUUUAGAGGAUGAUGAGAGUCUUGGUAACGUACACAGUCGUGUCAUGCGAAGCUAUUUGGAAGAAAGGAAGGAUACUCAUGAUUGGGUCCCACUAAACGACCCGAAUGACGCGAUUGUUCUCAUUCCGCAAGCCAAUGGUGGUCAUAUCCCGGACCCUAAUGCAUACGCUGAAGUAGUGGAUAAAAUCUAUGAAGAGCAAAACGUUCACAGAAAAGUCAACGGAUUCACGAAUAACGUACCAGGUAAAGAGCACGCAUUCUUAUUGAGAGGUAUAUAA